GCUCAGUAGCGAGUGCGCGCAGCGCCGGAAGACCACGAGCUACAAGGGACUAUACGGCCGCGGCGAUGCUCCGGGCGACGCACGGUUGCACCGGCGGUCGCCUGCUGCUGCUGCUGCAACUGGUCACCACUGUCCGCAGCAGUGGGGCUUUUCAGGUCUACUGGAACGUACCGAGCUUCGUGUGCCGCAAGUACCAGAUGGAGUUCACGGGGCUGACACAGCGCUUCGGUAUCGUGCAGAACCAGGCGGACGAAUUUCGGGGUGAGCGCAUCGCCAUCCUGUACGACCCCGGCGUCUUCCCGGCGCUGCUGCACGCGAGCAACGACACGAUCCUGGUGCGCAACGGUGGCGUGCCGCAGGAGGGCAAGCUGGGCCUGCACCUGCGCCGCUUCCGCGAGCAGCUGGACGAGCUGCUGCCGGAUCGCGAGUUCGCCGGCCUGGGCGUGCUGGACAUGGAGAGCUGGCGCCCGGUGUUCCGCCAGAACUGGGCCGCGCUGCAGCUCUACCGUAACUACUCGCUGGAGCUGGAGCGCCGUCGGCAGCCGCACUGGUCGCCGGCGCGGCUGCGCGAGGAAGCCACGCGCCGUUUCGAGAUCGCGGCGCGCGACUUCAUGCUGGCCACGCUGCGGCUGGCCGCCGAGCUGCGGCCCCGGGCGCGCUGGGGGUACUACGCCUACCCCUACUGUUUCAACUGGUCGGCCCAGCAGCCGAGCGCCCGGUGCCCACCGCAGGUCCAACGGGAGAACGACCGGAUGUCCUGGCUGUUCGGCACGGUGGACGCGCUUUAUCCCUCGGUGUACCUGCGUCGGGCGCUCAGCGCCGAGCAGAGCCUGGGCAUGGUGCGCGGCCGCGUGCGGGAAGCCCUGAGGGUGGCUGCCCAGGCGACCGGUGGCGACCGGCCAACGCCACAAGUCUUCGUCUACUACUGGUUCAAGUACCAGGACCAGCGCGACGUCUACGUGGAGCAGGCCCAGCUGGUCGACACCGUGACGGAGAUCGCGAGGAGCGGCGCCGAUGGGCUGAUCCUGUGGGGCAGCUCCGCCGACCUGGACAGCAGGAGCAAGUGCGAGGGCUUCGCCGACUACCUGGAGAAGAGCUUGGGGCCGGCGCUCGAGCGCGCCCGGCGACGCGUCGCGGCGGACGGCUCGCUCUAAGCCG